AUGAUAAAACGUUGUGUACUACCUGGCACAUGCGACUCAAUUUCCUGCGUUCUAUGGAAAGGGUUGCUAUACAUCACUGGAACCGACAUUGUUCGGUCCUUACUCUUUAGGUUUCACGCAUUUGGUCGACUUGUUACCAACAUCAAGAAAUUUGAAGAAGGCAUCUUUAGCGAUCUUCGUAACCUUAAGCCAGGAACUGACUCCUGCCUGGAAUGCCCUAAAUCGGAUUUCUUAGAUUUACUAUACAAGUACAAAUGUAUCCGAACGCAGAAGAAACAAAAAGUAUUUUGCUGGUUUUCUGUUCCACACGACAGACUGUUCUUGGAUGCUCUGGAGAGGGACCUCAAACGAGAAAACAUGGGAAUGGAAACAUCCACCAUUGCUUUUGCUGAACCUUCGCUCUCUUUUACAUUUAAC